CUCCCGCUCUUUCGCCCGGAGCAGACGACGCGGUCUUCUGUGUGCAGCAGACGACGUGUUCGCGGCCGUGCGUUGUCGCAUCUGCUGCUGCAGCGCGGCAUUUGCGACUUUUUCUGUGCACGGUCGAAGUGUGGAUUCUCUCCUUUUUCUUUUAUAGUUUUUCUAUUAUCUCUUGUUCCUGGGAGGAAGCUUGUUCUGUGGCGAUUUUUUUUUUCUACCUGAACUCGCGGUGCUGACGGCCUCAAGAUGAUGGAAGGAACGCUUUCCGAGUAUGCCUUCUAUUUACUCUUUCCGUGUUCCCUACUCGUCGGACUGCUCUGUUUGGCCAAGCAUAUCAUUCGAAGGACCGAAUUCUUCCACAGCGACGACUCUCUUGAAGGAAAGACCAUUGUUGUGACAGGCGGUUCCAACGGGCUGGGCCGCACCCUGUGCCUGGAGCUGGCACGGCGGGGGGCCCGAGUGGUGAUCGCGUGUCGCACGCGACUGCGGCGCGACUCGACGGCCUUCUUCCUGCGCGAGAAGACCGGCUCGUUCAACGUCCGGGUCAUGUACAUGGACCUGACCAACCUCGAGUCCAUCCGCGAGUUCGCCAAGGAGCUCAUCGCCUCGGAGGAGCGCCUGGACUGCAUCGUCAACAAUGCCGCGAUCAUGACCGGGCGCGACUUCACGGCCGACGGCAUCGACCUGAUGAUGGGCGUCAACUACGUGGGCCACUUCUUCCUCACCACGCUGCUGAUCGACAAGCUGCGCUCGACGCCCGGGGGCAUCGCGCGCGUCAUCAACGUGGUGUGCGGCGGGUUCCGCAACGGCCACAUGGCCGACCUCGAGGACAUGGAGGACAAGCGCGUCCGCCACGAGUACGACUACCGCACCGUCUACCGGAGCUCCAAGCUGGGACUGGCCCUCUUCAACAAGGAGCUGGCCAGGAGGUACCGUCCCUUCGACGUGGCCGCUUUCUGCGUGGAUCCGGGCCUGAUAGCCACCAGCCUGUACAAGAACCUGCCGGGAUUCCAGGGCCGCUUCAUGCAGACCUUCGCUCGCAUCAUGUUCCGCUCCACCGAGGAAGCCGUGCAGUCGGUCCUCUACGCCAUCAUGGCACGCAAGAUCGAGUCGGACUCCGGAAAGGUGAUCAAGGACCUCCACGCCUACGACGUCCGCAGCUCGGAGUGGAACGAGGAGGCGACCCGGGGCCUGUGGGAGCGCACCGAGGAGCUGGUGCGCUCCAAGGGCAUCCCCUUCUCGCUCUCUCAGGAGGCGGAGGAAGAGGACCUGGGAGGAGGCGUCGAGGCGGCCAAGAUCAACCUGGAGGCGUUCGCCCAACGGAUGCAGCAGGGCAUCCAGCAGGUUGACGACUGACCUGGCGCUGGAGUUCACGGUGAAGACGCUGACUCAUGCGCACGAGCGUCCUUCGUUGUUGUUCUCAUUCUAUCCUUCCUUCCUUUCCCUUCAUGUGUACAGAUCGUUGUGACUCUCGUGUGUGUGUGUGAUGUCUCUGUCCUAUCUUUUUUUUCCUGCCCUUUACGUACUUAUUUUCGGUUGCCAAAUGUCGUGUAUGUGUAACGUGGAUUGCCACGUCCCUUUUCGCUUGCUACGGAGUCCAAAGGCCCGUGCCCUUCGCCUCUGUCUGUAGUUGCCCGUGACGUUUUGUUCAGAGAUCCCUGCGAAGCGUAAAACUGGCACACGCUCCGAUAGCCGAUGAAGAAACUUAAACUAUACAGCGAACUUGGGCCACCGGGAAAUAAACGUUGGCUGGGACACGCGGCCCGAUGGGAGUCAGUUAUUGGGCUUGCGGAACGUACCAUGUUGAACCUCCACGUUUUUUUGCCACACUAGUCAGGAGUGCGGUCGUCAGAGUCCAUUUAGCCGCCUAUCAAUGCCAGUAUGAAGGAAAGGCAACCAAGGCGCGGGGUAUCUUCGCACGGUGGGGAUUACGCGUGGUUGGCCUUUUGGCUGCAUAUCCUGCAGCGGAGAGGGGUCUAGCGAUUGUGAUUGCUUUGUGAGCAGGCGAUGUCACACGGCCACAUAUAAGGUGAUUCAGCUUUGAUAGAGAAAGUGUGCAGAUUGAUAUACGUUCGUCAUGGGUUCUUAAGCAAACCAAAUACUUUACACCAACAGCAACUGCUGUCUCUCUUUUUUUUUUUUUUUUUUUUGCGUGUGGCUGCCGAGCAUUGCAAAGUGGGAGGAAGCAACGAUUUUUACAGCCAAAUAUUAAUGAAAGUUGAUUUAUAAGCACUUGAACGUUUCGUCAUCUCUGAAGGAUAUCCCGACAGGUGGUAGAAAAUGAACCCCACUGACGAAACUGUUCUGUGAUCAUUUCCAAGAUCUAAAUCGUGAAACACAGAUAGGAUAGUGUUUUGCUGAAUGGAUAUUAUAAACUUCCAACGGAUAUUGCUUUGUCAGGCUAAGUAUACGUACCAGUAGCGCUGAAGCGUCUAACAUAGAAAAAGGCAACAAAACCAGCACAACUACGCUGUGGCAUUAUAGGAUAUAAUGAAUUAAUUUCUUUUUGUCAGCCUAGCUUUUUAAUAACUUGGCGUGUAUAAAUCAUGACCCAACCCCACAAGUCACAAGUUCUGCUGUCAAAUAGGCAGAAUGGUGCCAUGUUUUGUAGAUACCUAUCCAGAAUGUUCUACCUGAGUGAGAGCUCGAAGGGAGAGUAAUUGUCAAUGUUUUUAUUGGUGUGUUUCCAAUAUUCCAUUAUAGUCUAUUCCUUGUUUGUUCCUCUUGUUUGCGUUUUCAUAAAAGAGGUAAGUUAAGCACACAUCCAUUCAGCCGCACAGAGAGAAACUCGACAGCUGGUAGUAUUCGCCAGUUAGGCAGCUUUAUCAAAAGCAAAAGCUGUGGCCUACGCCACAUCGAAAUGACUGCUGAACAGAGGCGAAGAUCGCAUUUGCAAAACAAUAGGUUUAUCGAAAGCUAUACGUCCAGAAUGAACAUUUCAUUUAGGCCAGGACAGCAGCAAAGUGUGUCGAGUUCGGUGCCUUCUCGUCUAAUGAAGAGACAUCGAAUGAAAGUGUUGCGCACUUCUCAAUAAAGAAACACAGAGAACUUCCUUCAGCAUGGAUAAUCACAA